AUGGGGAGGUAUCCAUGCUGCAAAGACAGUGAGGAGGUGAAGAAAGGGCCAUGGACGCCGGAGGAGGACCAGAAACUGUCGGAUUAUGUGAGUAAAAAUGGCCAUGGAAACUGGCAGAUGCUCCCCAAGAAAGCUGGUCUUAACAGGUGUGGGAAGAGUUGUCGACUGAGGUGGACAAAUUACCUAAGACCUGAUAUUAAGAGGGGAGGUUUCUCCCAGGAAGAGGAACAAAUCAUCAUCAAUCUCCAUUCUUCUCUCGGAAACAAGUGGUCAAGGAUUGCAGCUCAUCUCCCUGGAAGAACUGACAAUGAAAUCAAGAAUUUCUGGAACACAAAUCUGAGGAAAAAGCUUCUAAGAAUGGGAAUUGAUCCAAAAACACACCAACCAAUAACUGAUAUAAAUCUCCUAUUAAACCUCUCUCAUCAAAUUAUGCUUUCCAACACAAAUAAUCCUUUGGGGUCUGCUCUUAGGUUACAAAACAUCCUUCAAUUCCUCAACUCCUAUCCAAUACUAUUUCCUACUAAUAAGCAAGAAAAUUUUCCAAUGGGAUUAGAUUAUAAUAACACUAUCAAUACAAUCAAUAAUUACGUUUCUACUGCUACCCAGAAUUCUUCAGAUUUUAUUGGCUCUGACUUUAACCCACACAUGAAAAUGCUUACAGAUAAUGCUGGUGAAAAUAAUAAUGACCAUUCAGAAUAUUCACUUCCAUCUCUAGUUCAAAGUUCCUCUGAAUAUAUUCCCACUUUGGACCAAACUAUAAUGCCCUCACCUGGGCUAGAAGCCAAUAAUAAUGAGUUUCUGGCAUGGGAAGAGUUUCUGAAAAAUGAAGAAGAUUAUUCUUCGCCUCUUUGGAAUGAUAUUCUGCAAGCUAAACAGAUGUAGAUUAUUUCUGUUUACGUGAUUUUUACAUCCUUUUGUUUUUUGAAUUGUUGGCAUUUAAAAUGAUAUAUGGAUUUUAGUUCAUGAUAUCGAACGU